AUGGGUAUUUUUGAUUAUUAAAAUAAAGAAGCAAGAAAUAUUAAUAAGGCAAGUUUAGAUUUUCCAAAAGCAAGAUUAAAAAUUCAAAAAAGGUUUUAUAUUGAUAAAAAUUUUAAUAAAAAAUAAAUUAUUUAAAAGAAUGUCACUUUAUUAUUUUAGUAAACAACUUAAAAUAGAAUCUUAAUAAAUAUUUAAUUCUUCUAAAUUAAAAAUGAACUAAGAUUAUCUAUUUAAGUUGAAAAAGGUAAAAAUAUUAAAUAAGGAAGCGUUGAAAGACACUAAUUUCUUAAAAAACUGAACAUAUUACAGAAUAAAAAUGAUAAUAAUCCUAAAAUAUCAAUCAGUUUAAUGAAAAUUGAAUCUUCUUUUAAUAAUAAAUAAUUGGCUAUAUCCAAACUCUCAGAUAAUUAUUUUUAUUUAGGUUUUAGAAUUGAAAGAUUUAGUAAUGAAUAUAAAAGUAUGUUUCUUUAAAUUUUAAUAAUCUUUUACUGA